AUGAGCACUAGUGUGGUUGGCAAGCUCGCUAGCAUGAUCAAUUCAUCAUGGGGUUGGACUGCAAGUAGACUACACGUGGUGGACAAACAACUACUAGCAGUGUUAGGCAAACAAGACGGACGAGACAUCCGGUGCAGACCUAAUAUUUGGCAAGCCUUCUAUAGAUCACAUGUGUUAGAGCCAGUUCAGCAACAAGAUGUUGACCGAGGUUUGGCAAAUGUUAGCGUUAUCGCACUUGCUGCUAGCUGUGCUAGUUUUAUGACAGUUCUCAUGGCUCAGCCAGAGGUCACACAGCAGACUGACAGCUCAAAGGCACAUUGGCAAGACGCAGAGGUGGAUGUCCUGCUUCACCACCUGAUUGAGAAUCGGGCAUCAGGUGGUGAUGGCAGAAAUUUCUCAAUGCCUACCUACAACAGUGCAGCAGCUGCUAUCAAUGCUGAUGGUGCGAUUCAAACAAUAGGCCUACCAAAUACGGGCAAGAUGCUCAAAAGAACAUUCAAUCAAAUCGAGGUUUACUGCAACAUGUCUGGCUUCCAUUGGGACAAUGUGCAGGGAGCUGGAAUUGAGGGCACUGCUGCUGCAAGCAUUUGGGAUACAUAUGUUGUGGCAAAGUCACGAAUUGCAAUGCACCCCUUGCGCAACAAAGGGUGGCCCCCAUAUGACAACAUGCAGGCCAUCUUAGGCAAAAACAGUGGUGCUCAUGGAAGGCAUGCAUUCCACCCUGCUACUACAGCCCCCGCCUCCAUCAGUAUAGAUGAUGUGCUCGAUGACGCUGACGGGGGCCUUAACCUUCUCGACAUGGAUGUGGACCCCGCAUCAGAGCCUCCGCUACUACUACUGGCUCCCAGUCCAUGGCGCCCCCAUAUCUACCCAUCCCGCUACUCCCCAGUCGUUAACUCUCCCGCUUUCAAUGACAUUGGUGCCCUCCACUCAGUUCCUCCUGCUCCACCCACCAUGAUCUCCCGCGGUCUCGCAAUCAUGCACAGCGCAGAUGUGGAUCUGGGAGCUGAACAGAGAGCCACCCUCCUGCGGAUAUUUACCCGUGCAGGAGGGGAGAACAAUCUUGCCGCUUAUGUCGAGCUGGAGGAUGACUUUGAGAUGUGCCGCUACAUGGAUGCGAUUGAGUGUGCGAUUGAGCGUGAGUAUGAGAGUGAGAAGGAACUUGCAGGACCGGGAACAAUGUAUGAGAGUGAGAAGGAACUUGCAAGACCGGGAACAGAUCAAGAGUAG